CACUUGUUCCAAACUGAGGUUAGACCGCUGGGCGGCGCUACAGAUUCUGUUCACCCUCCAAAAACAGACGAAGAAGAAACGUCACCGGAGUGACAGAGAGGUGUUUGACAGGAUCAUGAGUGUCCCGUGUUUUGUGAGAACGCUGUCCAGAAGUUUCGCCGGUGGAUCAGGACUGUUCACACCAGCUGUGUGCUCUUCAUGUAAAGACACAGUCACGCGAAAAAUGUCAUCAAGGAGACAGACUGACCAUCUAGAGAGAACUGCUAGCGUUCAUAGACAAAUGGAGCUUUUCUCUGCACGUGUCAGUGACAUUAUGAAUGAAUCUGAUACAGUAAAGAGACUGAGACUGGAGGUACCACAUCCUGACUUCAGCUUCCGUGCUGGCCAGUGGGUGGAUUUCUUCAUCCCAGGUGUGGAUACAGUGGGCGGCUUCUCUAUUUGCUCCAGUCCUGGUCUGCUGCAGAGAGAGGGAGUGAUUGAACUGGCCGUCAAAUACACACGCCAUCCUCCAGCACACUGGAUUCACACCAAAUGCUCUGUGGACUCUCAGGUAGCUGUGAGGGUGGGAGGUAACUUCUACUUUGACCCUCAACCUUCUGACCCUGUGGUGGACCUGUUGCUGAUAGCUGGUGGUGUUGGCAUCAACCCUCUGUACUCCAUCCUGCUGCAUGCAGCUGAUCUGCUCAGACAGACUCAUGGUCACAGGUACACUCCAGGGCGCACACACCUGUGCUACAGCGUCAAGAACACCAAAGAGCUGCUCUUCAAGAACACCAUUAUUGACAUUUGUCACGAGCGACCAGAUAAAUUCUCCUGCGAUUUCCAUGUUACCCAGCAGAGCUCUGACAUAGAGCGGGAACUUCAGCCUUACACCAUAAAUGGAAGGAUCUCAGAAAAGGAACUUCAGCGCUAUGUAGAUCCUGAGCACACAUUGUUAUCUCUGUGGCCCUCCUCCUAUGAUAGAGAAAGUGAGUUCAGACCUGAAGAGAGUCGGCCUGUCGGAGGACAAAAUCCUUUUUGAGAAAUGGUGGUAGCUCAGAUAUUCACAACGAUGGAUGCAUCUGCAGCAUCAUAGAAACAGACUAAUGGCAAUGGACCAGUAAUGCCUUUGAGAUCAGUUGAAACGCACAACAGACACUGUGUCUGCAUUCUCCACAUUUGAACAGAUAAUUAUCCAGACUCUAUACCCUAUUUUUAUUAUACCUCAUUUUAAAGAUAUUCAACCAAUUGACCAUAACCAGAGCUGUAAUGUUCUACAUUAUAGUUCAUUUCCUGGUUAAUGGCAUAGUCAUCCUGCUUCAAGGGCAUGAUGAAAGAUUGCAUACUCAGAUUGCACUGGGUUUUUAGAGAUCGGUGUAUAAUUAUGUAUGUUGUUUGCAUUUUAGUACACAUUUAUUUAUUAAAAGCAUUAGGGGCAUAGAAAUCAAAAGGGAUAGUUCAUCCAAAAAUGUCAUUAAUUAACUGUCAUUAAUUACUCACCCUCAUGUCUUUCCAAACCCGUAAGACCUUUGUUCAUCUUCAGAACACAAAUUAAGAAAUUUAGAUGAAAUCCAAGAGCUUUCUAACCCUCCAUAGACAGUAAGGGAACUACCACUUUCAAGGUCCAGAUACGUAGUAAGGACAUUGUUAAAAUCAGAAAACUCUUAGAUUUCAUUAAAAAAUAUCUUAAUUUGUGUUCUGAAGAAGAAUAAAUGUGUUGCGGGUUUGGAAUGACAUGAGGGUGAGUAAUUAAUGACAGAAUUUUCAUUCUUUGGGUGAACUAUCCCUUUAAUUUCUACGCCCAUCUUUGCUCAUCAGUAUAGUCCUAAUUUGCUGAAAGGUGCUAAAAAUUGUCCCCUUUAAAGGGAUGUUCCACCCAAACAUUUAAAAAAAAAUAAUCCAUCUCUGUGAGUCCAUAUGUUGCAAGUGGUUUGCAACCCUCAAAGUUGAUGCUUCAAAAACCACACCAAGUGAUCAUGAUGGCACCCAUAUGACCCCAGUGGAUGUAUCAAUGUCUUCUGAAGCAAAAUGAUAGGUGUGUGUGUGAGAAAAAUACUAAUAUUUUAACUUUUUAAACUAUAAAACAUAGUUUCUGGUUAACUGAGGGUUCAAACCACUUGCAUAUUAUUGACUCACUAAGAUUUUUUUUUUUUUUUUUUUUUAAUCUGUUUUUGUUCCACAGAUGAAGGAAAGUUUUAUACACAAAGCAUUGCAUGAGGGUGAGAAACUAAGAAUUUUUAUUUUUAGGUGGAGUAUCCCUUUAAGGCAAGUCAGUUCUCUUGGCAGUCAUAUUUGUAUAAUUCCAUGUGAAGCUAUUUCCAGUUUUGCAAGCACAGCUCCAAUCUACCUUAAUUAUACUUAAAAAAGAAAGUCUUUUCUGAAACUCUUUCAAUCAUAUUGUACAAAUCUGGAAAUACAAUGUGUCAUAUAUUGUGCAUUUUAACAUCAAAUCACACAAAAACUACUUUUAGCCUGGUCCAGCCAAGUCAAGGCUUUUUUGACUGCAAGGCAGGAUUACAACUGUCACUGUGAAUUUUUUAAUUCAAAAUUAAGCUCAUAAAAUAUAAUUAUCUCCCACGUCAUGAGAAGGAUGGUUCUUCAAAACUGGAUGGAUGAACAAGAUCUUUACCUCUAAUAGUGUUGAAAUGUUUUAUAAAGUCAUUUUGAAAAACGACACUGAAAACAGAAGAAAACUGCAAGAUGUUGCUGUAAAUGAAGCCCAUUAUUGAGAGCUUUAAUUUACACCAUUAACUGUCUCACAGACGUUCACUAUAACUGUCACUUUACAAAUUUAGACAUUAGUUACUGCCAUCCUCACUGAUAUAAAUAAAUGAAAUAACUGAUGUAAUACGUACUGAUGAAAUAAAUGAGCAUUUGAGCUAGUGCAUGAUAUAUUGCAUAUGCUAAUACUGUAUGUAAUAAAAUGAGUUAACAUCACAGAUUCACACAGGUACAAGUCUCAACAAAUUGGUCGGCGUUUAGCAUAUUUAGAGCUCCAAACAAAUGUUUUCACAUAUUUGUUAGAAUCUCUUGCCAUUUGUUACAGCAAUGCACCUUAGAAACCCAAAUAAUUAAGAGCGGCAAGAUUCAGACACCUCUUUGCAAUCUUACAGGACAAUUACUCUGUCAGCAGAUGUAUAUGCCCAGACACGGGCCUGACGAGAGUGUGUUCUGCCUGAAUAAACAUGAACAUAUUGUAAUGUUUAAAUAUCCAUAAAUGAAUACUGUCAGCACACUCCAGAGAAUAAAGCCCUCUCUGUUA